AUGCCAGGGACAAAAGUCGUCAAGACCAAACCAUUGGAGGCGACAGGAAAACCCGCCGAGAGACCGAAACCGGUGAAGAUAAAAGCGGCGAACGGAGCGGAGAGUGAACCGAAAGCGCCCGCCGUGCGUAAAGGCCGCGCGUCGAGCUGCCCGAGGUGUCCGCCGCGGGACAGGUGCGAGAGGGCCGCCGCCAGCGGGGCGCAGGUCCCGGCCUCCAAAGCCAGGUGUGACAGGAGAGCCAGGUCUUCCUCUGCUGCUCCCAAACCGACCGCGCAUUGGCCCAGAGCAAACCCGGACCGCCGCAGAGCGACCGGCCCUUGGAAACAUGCGGCUGAUAACCAGAAAUGCCGGGAUACGAGCGCCCGUCCGGGUCAGCGGGAGCAGCGGGGCGUCAGGGCCGAAGCAAAGUAUGCAAGUCAGAGAUCCUCGACCCCGGGUGUCGCCCGGUGGCUUCCCUGUCAGCGGUGUGUGUGUGUCCACCCACAAACAUCUGCAGACGUCGCUUCGUCGUCGGUGAAACACGCGGUUGUUACGAGGGGUUGCCUGAACAGUGAAGUGGUCUUUAAAAGUACCUGGUUGGGACUGAAACGUCUUAACACUUUAUUCUCUGCCGUUGGAAAAAUAGUUUCUCUUAAAGGCAAAUUCCUUUUUGGGUCUCAUUUCUCAUAUUUUGUGUUUUCUUCCUACUGUGACCUUUGUGACAAGAUUGUGACAAGAAGGGAUCCAUCAGGGGCCAGAAGGAGAAAGAUAGGACCCGGGUUGUUAGGAUUAGAGACAUCUCCCUUUAGCCACAAAGCCUUCACCGUCAUCCCCCCGAACCCCAAGAGGAGAAGGGAGAUCCAGAGACAGGCGGAGGCGGAGCUGGCAGCUUUGGAGGAGCUUCGGCUGAGCAGGGCGAUGGCUUACGUGUCCAUCAGCCCCAGCAGUGUUGGCGGCUGCAUGAGUCUGGAGGAGGUACGGCUGAAGCAGCAGCAGGAAAUGAUGCAGGCCGAGAGGAAACAGAAACCGGGCUGACGACUUGUAGCUCACCUCCGUUCACAUUUGACAAGUUUUGCAUCAGGUUCAACACAUUUAAUUAAGACGCAAUCAGAUGUACAUACUUUCACAUCCACAACAAAAUUACCUUAUGAUUACGAUGUACUGCAGAAAUUAAAUUAAAGUCUGCUUCAAUCAGUUCAUCUUUUCCCACAGCUUCGGGACAAAGGGAGCAAAUUUAAACGCAACAAAAUUGAACGAACCUUCCAGUGUUUCAGUUUUUCUCGUUGGCCACAGUUUUUCACCGUUUCUUCGAGCAAUUUUUAUUGAAAGAAAAAACAAAUUGGAUAAAUUAAACAAAUCAAACUGUACUCUUGGACAGGUUGGUGCCGCUCAAAGUGCUUUGCACAUGACUGACAAGCUGAUGACAAGACAAAUGGAAACAGCAAAACAAUUUUAGUUUAAUGCGCAGGAGAAAUAAAAAUGAAAAUGGGAUGAUGAAACCCAUAAAAAUCGAUCUUAUUUCAGCUCUUACGAAUUCUCCUCCACAUCCCACCUUGACCUCACGACGUUUCCCAUCGAGGUCGAGGGACGGUGGUUAGGAGAGGGACAGAGGACGUCGUUUUCCUUCCAGCGGGGGGACACCUGAACCCGCUGCGAGCGAGGGCGGGGAGAUGAAUCCAGCGAGGCCUGGAGGGUUUUAUGGGACGGACGGGGGGCUGAUAAUACCUGGCAUCAAACAGACGCAACCCAUCCAUGUCAAACGUGGCCUGCUGUUUGGUUGAAGAAAGCGGCUGGUGGAGCCCAAGCCUGUCCCGGCGAGCUGGGCGCCACCCGUCCCCCCGUCCGCUGCCGGCGGCUCGCGCUGUCCGCAGCACGGAAAUCACGUGGAACUCCUCGUGAAACCCACGCUGUAACAUCACUGUCGACGCUGUCGUAAAUAUCUCAUAUCAUUACGACUCGAUGCUUUUGUGCAAGGUCGUUUGGUUGGUGCGUAGCGUUUUAAAAGGGCCCUUCAGCCAGGCUACAGAGACGCGUCCUCUCACCCGACUGGCUCUGUUUUAGCCACGCGGUCCCGCUGGCGGCCACAUUCGACCCGGCGCCCGGUCAGAGCGACGCCCGGAUGCUGCAGUUGUGUGGUGUAACCAUAGGUCUCGGACCGCUCGGGCACCAUCGCACCCGGGAUUUUGAAACGGGCUUGGAUCAGUUCCACCGUUACGCCGCAGAGUCUCGUUUCUGCCUGAUUUCCUGGCUCAAGAUGGAGUCUCCUGCAGAGUUUUCGAUGUGGCCCGAUUUGGUAUUCGGCACCAAGCGACGUAAAUGUUUAGUAUUUUAAUUUUUGAAGGUGAAGAUGAAAAUUGGGAGCGUAUGCCCGUGUUGCAGCCAGUCGACGUCCAGUCGUACCUUUAUUUAAGGCGUGGACCGUAAACGCACCACGUUGUCCGUCUCUGCUACGCAAGGCGUGAGCUACAGAGGUGUCUCGGGGAAGCGUGGCGCCGCCGGCUCCACACCCCCGGGCAUGUUUUCACCUGCACUGGGGCGAGACCACGGGUAAUAAAAAGGAAGUUCAAGGACGCCGCGGCAUCCCCCACGGUGAAGCGCGGCUCAGUCCCGCUUUACAGACCCCUGCUUGAGCUUAAAGAUGAGGACGUUUAAAGCUGAUCACACGUUACACACAUUUUUGGUCCCCCACCCCCCAACACACCCUGUCACUUUGAGGACUGGCUGUACCACUGACAUGAAAGGCAUUUCCAGGGUGUAGACGCCCUUUGUAUUUAGAGGAGUUGUUGCGCCCUCCGACCUUUGGGAGGGGGGGCAGAUCUUCAGAGCAGAUCUUCAGAGCA